AUGGAAGAGGUCGUCGCAAACAGUGCCGAGCCGCCUGAUGACGAGCUUGGCUGUGCCAUCUUAAAUGCUUACUUCAACCAGCUUCAUGCUCGCUAUCCUUUCCUCGACCCAGAUGAUGUUUGGAGACUACACGGGAAGCGUAUGGCACUGAAAGCAACGCAUGUGCAACAGUUGACUAAAGGGGAGCGUUUCGGAAUCUUCAAGUUGUAUAUGAUAUAUGCGAUCGGUGCCGUGUUGUUACAAUUAACAGACAAGCACACAUCGUCGCCGCCAGAGAGCUAUUACAUGACAGCAUUGCAGCACAUUUUUGCUGCUAGGGAGUCAAGGACUACUCAAAACAUCGAGGCGAUGGGAAUAUUGGUGCUUUAUCAUCUGCGCAGUGCUUCCAGCCACGGCAUAUGGUACAUGAUCGGGCUCGCGAUGAGGACUUGCAUUGAUCUUGGACUACACUCGAAGCGAAACGAGAGCAAUCUAGACCCCUUCGCGAUCCAGAUGAGACGCCGGCUUUUCUGGAGCAUCUAUUCCCUCGAAAGAACCAUUGCCAUCUCUCUUGGUCGGCCACUGAGCAUACCGGACAGACAGAUCGACAUCGAACUUCCGCAGGAAGACGCACGAGGAGGGGCUCGAGAGGAUUCUUCCUCACCGCAUUGCAGCAUCGCUCCGAGGCGGCCGUCUCUUUCACUUGCCAUUUCAUUGUUUGAGCUGCGCCGAAUCGAGUCUCGCAUUCAGCAUUCCAUCUACCGAGCCGACAAGCCACUAACGGCCCUCACCGCGAAGCGGGAUCGAUUGUACCAGGAUCUGGAAGGGUGGAGGAUUUCGUUGAACGACCGCUUCAGCGGCACCGAACUCAACUACCCCAUGUUGCAUUACCACCGCGCAGUCCGGCUCCUGGUUCAGCCCUUCCUAGCACUGCUACCGCCCUCGGACCCAUACUACCUGAUUUGCAUGCGAGCCGCGGGCGAUAUCUGCCAGGAGCACAAGAAGCUGCACCAGUCCCUCGACUACGGCCACUCGUUCAUCGCCGUGCAGACCGUCUUCGUCGCCGGCAUAACAAUUUUGUACGGGCUCUGGACGCAGCAGCACGCCGUGUGGUCCGUGGCGCUGUCCAACGACAUCCGCGCGUGUUCGCUGGUGCUCUUCGUGAUGGGCGAGCGCGCCCCGUGGGUCCGCAAAUAUCGCGAUGCCUUCGAACUACUCGUCAACGCCACCAUGGAGAAGUUGCAGAGCGGCGUCAACAGCCUCGCCGAGACGGCCGCGGGCCAGAUGCGCUCCGUGGUGGCUAAUAACGGCAGUAAUGGCAGUAAUAACAACGGGGUCUCGGCAGAAGGGUUGGAGCGCGGGGCUGAUGGCGACGAGGGCGGUGCGUGGAGGGUCGUUGCUGAGCUUGCUAGCUGGAUCGACCAGCCGGAGGGCUCGCCGGUUUGGAUGCCGGAUUUUGAGAUGUUGCAGAAUUUGUCGCCGAGAUGA